AUUUAAGGGCCUGUAAAAUUGAGGCAUGGCGAUUUGCGACACGAGGCGCAUAUAUAUCAGCGAGAUUUUACCGUUUGAGAACCUUCAGGAGCAGGACACCCAAAACGUGCCAAUGUUUAUUCUUACCAGUAGAUGGCGUACACGCAAAUGUAGGACAAUGCUGCAGUGAGUUAUACCGCUGAACUCAAGGUAGACAAGGUCAGAGAACAACACAGCAGGUCGGGAGACGACGAACAUAAUGGGGAGGCUGAUAAAAUCAGUGUAUUUUCUUUUUCACAUGGCUGUGUCAGUGGCGGCACCUGUGCCAUGUGAACAGAUUGUGGUCCGCCUGCAGGCAGAGAUUGAGGAGCUAACAAAUGUGAUCAAUGAACAGCACAGAUACAUCCAGGUGCUCCACAGCCACCAGGCUCAGCAGCUAGAGCACAUUCCCAACUCACAUCUGGGAGCCCAAAACCCCUACAGAGACUGCUCCGAGGUGUUUGCUGAUGGGAACGUCGCGAGUGGCUUGUAUGCGAUUCGCCCCGAUGGCUUACCCACAGCGCUCAGCGUCUACUGUGACAUGAACAAUGGAGGAGGAUGGACAGUUUUUCAAAGAAGGAGGGAUGGCAAAGAGAACUUUGAUAGAGCGUGGGUGGAGUACAAGCAUGGGUUUGGGGACCUACAUUCCCCUGAUGGAGAAUUCUGGAUGGGCAAUGAUGCUCUACAUCAUCUCACCUCACAAGGGGACUACGACCUGCGCAUUGACAUGGAAGAUUUUGAUGGUAAAGAAAGCUUUGCAGAGUACAAGAAAUUUAAAGUGGACAGCGAAACAGACUUGUACCGAUUGCAUUUGGGGGAGUACAAGGGGAAUGCAGGAGACGCCCUGGCUGACCUGCACACCACCAAGCACCCAUCUCCAGGCAGCAGUUCGGCCGGAGUCAAAUUCAGCACCUAUGACAAGAAGCCCGGUGGAGCUGGCAAGUGCAUUAGGCACAGCAAGUCAGGCUGGUGGUUCAGCAGGUGCGAUUCAGGGAACCUUAACGGUCAUUACUACAAAGGACCAUACCAAGCGAUGACCACUGAUGGCAUGGUGUGGUACACAUGGCACGGGUGGUGGUACUCCAUCAAAUCAGUGGUGAUGAUGGUACGAGCUGCUGACCUUAAGCAUCCGCAGGUCAAGGCACCGAGACAACUAGACCCGAAGAAAGCGUCAGCUGAUCUCUCUCAUUACCCACCUGGCCAAUAGGCUGAAAAGCAAGUAAAACUUUGCCGUUACAAAAGCAGACUGUAUUUUGUAUGAUGUAGUCUGUGCUUCUGUUGUUUCAUUUUUGGUAUUACAGCACCACUGUAGUUGGAUUGCAACAAUUAAAACGUGACUAAAAUCGAAUGUCUUACUGUAUUUAUCCUGUUUUCAAAAUAAAAGAGACCAUACUGUA